AUGCAACAAAAUUCCAAGAUGGCAGCUGCAACUGUCUCUGAUUCCGUGCCAAUGGAAACCUCUCAUGAGGAUAUGAUCCAUGAUGCCCAACUAGAUUAUUAUGGCAAACGACUUGCUACGUGCUCUUCUGACAGGACUGUGAAAGUGUUCGAUGUAGUGGAGGGUGAAACGAAGCCGACAGGCCAGACCUUGAAAGGCCAUACAGGACCUGUUUGGCAAAUAGCCUGGGCCCAUCCAAAAUUUGGGCAUAUACUUGCUUCGUGUUCGUAUGACGGGAAGGUGUUGAUCUGGAAGGAGCAACCAGGGCAGGGACCUUCCACGGGCGGGUGGACAAAGAUUAAUGAACAUACGCUGCACAGUGCUUCUGUCAAUUCUGUUUGCUGGGCUCCCCAUGAACUUGGCCCCAUUCUUGCUUGCGCGUCCUCAGACGGCAAACUAUCAGUAUUGACUUUCAAAAAUGAAGGUCAGUGGGACGCCGACAUUUUCAAUGGCCAUGCUGUUGGUUGCAACGCCGUAUCCUGGGCUCCUGCUAUUCAGCCCGGUUCCUUGAUUACACCCCAACAAGCUCCUUCCAUCCCAGGACAAGCCACUAAUCAACCAAGCCAACAAACCGUUAAGCGCUUCGCAAGUGCUGGCGGUGACAACCUCGUCAAGAUCUGGGGAUAUCGCGAGAACACGCAUUCCUGGGUUGAAGAGGAGGUCCUUGAGGGCCACACCGACUGGGUACGAGAUGUUGCCUGGGCUCCGAAUAUCGGCCUCCCCAGAAGUUACAUUGCCACCGCUUCGCAAGAUAAGACUGUUCUUAUAUGGACGAAGGACACACCGACAUCACCUUGGGUGAAGACUGCCCUCGAUCCAUCAUCUGCGAUUACGAACGCACCGUCUGCACCCGCUGGCAAAUUCCCUGAUGUUGUUUGGCGUGUGUCGUGGAGUUUGGCUGGCAACCUGCUUGCUGUUAGCUGUGGUGAUGGUAAAGUGACGCUGUGGAAAGAAAACCUGAAGGGUAUCUGGGAAUGCGUCAGCGACAUGAACAGCUAG